UCAUCUUAUCGCACAUAUCUAUAUUUGUUUCUUUCUACAUCUAGCUAUGGUGUUCUCUACGUUUGUUCUGUUCUUGUUCUGCAGAUUCUGUAUUUAGCAGUGAAGCACUUGGUUUCUUGAAAGCUGUUAUAUUUAUAUGGUUGCAGAGGCUCUGCCCCUUGGUGAUGCAUCUGUGGAUGCUGUAGUGGCCACACUUGUCCUAUGUUCUGUCAAAGAUGUUGACUUGGCGCUGCAAGAGAUUAUGAGGGUGCUAAAGCCAGGUGGGCUCUGUGUGUUUGUGGAACACGUAGCAGCAGAAGAUGGAACAAUUCGGAGAUUUUUCCAAGGGAUUCUUGAUCCUUUGCAGCAGUUUGUUGCUGAUGGCUGUCACUUCACUAGAAAAACUGGAGAAGUUAUUGCUAAAGCGGUCUUCUCAUCUGUUGAACUUCAGCGGGCAUUUGUGUCUUCUGCCUCAAUAGCAAAUCCUCAGGUUUAUGGGAUAGCUCGCAAGUAGCCUAGAUUAAUGUUAUGCCACAUAAAAUAUUCCUGCUGCAAACCUUGGAAUAAUUAUUUGAAUACUGAGUGUGUCUAGUGUAUUUGGAUAGAGUAUCAUUUGAAAUAUUAUUUAAAAUAAUUAAUGUAGCACUUUUUGUGAUGUG